CCACUAGUCCAGCCCAUCUUCCCCAAUCCAAACGGGCACAUUCUAGAAGCCGCGCCACGUGUCUGCUUGCGCAAGGAAGGGCCGGGAACCUUCUAGAACCCGCUGGAUGCUUCUCUCACCAAUGUUCAACCUAAUCCAAUCCCCAAAUCAACGUUUCUAGACGCGUCCUUCCCGUGGAAACAAUCGCCCUCUUCCCGCAUCCUCCCCUCUCUCCUCUCCGCUCUGCACGCGAGUCAUCGCCUGCCCAAUGGCGUCGCCGGCGGCGUUGACGCCGCCGUUCCUGACGAAGACGUACGCGAUGGUGGAAGACCCCAGCACCGACGACACCAUCUCGUGGAACGACACCGGCACGGCCUUCGUGGUGUGGCGCCCCGCCGAGUUCGCCCGCGACCUCCUCCCCAAGCACUUCAAGCACAGCAACUUCUCCUCCUUCGUGCGCCAGCUCAACACCUACGGAUUCAAGAAGGUGGUGGCGGACAGGUGGGAGUUCGCCAACGACGGCUUCCGGCGAGGGGAGAAGCACCUGCUGGGAGGGAUACAGAGGCGGAAAGGGACCGGCGCCGGGGCCGCGGGGGGCGGGACGGCCAUACCGACGGGGAUACCGAUCAUCUCGUCCCCGCCCACGAGCUCCGGCGGGGAGCCGGCGGUCUCCUCGUCGCCGCCGCGCGGCUCGGCGGCGGGGGUGAGCGGCGCAGUGGCCGAGCUGGAGGAGGAGAACGCGCGGCUGCGGCGAGAGAACGCGAGGCUGGCGCGGGAGCUGUCCCGCGCGCGGCGCCUCUGCGACGGCGUGCGGCAGCUCGUGGCACGGUACGACCACGGCGGCGGCGAGGAGGUCUCAACAAUAGUUGCGGCGCAGAACGGCGAGGGAUAA